AUAGCGAAGAAUGGGACGAAUUAACCUGUGACGUCAUCGAAGGACUAGUAUAUGCGAACAAUGAGAAUAAAAUAGAUGCGAACGUGUGAUAUAAAAUCGUUGCAGAAUGCAAUGAAAAUGCUUUGUAGGAGGGAGUAGCAGUACAACAUGUUGACUUUGUGGUUUAAUAAACGGGAGGACUACGGCUACACAACUUCCUGUUUUUUUUCCGGCACUCGCUGUAUUCCUGAAAACUUGAGUUGAAGCCAAAAGGAAUCUGGGUACAAACAAGCGUUGAGAACUCGCAGGAACAGAACUCAAAACGUGCGCUUCACUUGCUGAAAUUUUAGUUUCGAGAUACGAAGGAAAAUAUUCUUCGGGAGAUCUUUGGGACGUUUUUCCGCUGUACUGAGAGAAAUACACAAAAACUGUGAAAAUGAUGACGCGGUAAUCUAAAAAGCCAAAAACAUUUUUAUUAUAAAUUGUCAAUUUUGGGGUAUACUGAUACCGUCUAGUCUAGUGUGGAAAGCGCUUAACGAUAACAAGGUGACCGCUAUUGAAUUCAAAAUCGUCAUUGACGAAAUGAGUACUUAGCUCAUAAUUAUCAGACCCUCAAAGAGAGAGUUUUGGGGUUGAAGGGUGGUAAGGGGUCCUGGUGGAGUGCGCUGGGGCCACCAGGUGUACUUCGCAAAUGCCAGGAAAUGCCCAUCGUGCCAAAGGCUCUGCCACCAAGUCGGCUGUCACAUGUCCUCGUCAUAACCCCGGUAAUGCAGUUGUACUGCAGCUGAGCGACAACGGCAAAAGGCGGGUAUCCGGCGCCUUUCAAAUAACGGGAUAUUGAGGCUAAGGGAAGAACACCCUGACAGAAAACCCAGGCCCUCCAGGUUGGGGGUAGGGCAUGGGGCCAAUCCCCCCAUCCCGUAAAGAAUUAUCGAUCACAGAAACCGGAAAAAAAAAGAACUGGCCCUAUACCCACUUAAGGUUAUGGUCAAAAUCAAUCAAUCAUCAAUCAAAGAGAGUGUUAGGGCUAAACUCACACGAAAGCCUUCUCCUCAGUCAAGUCACCAAGUGAGUUUGAAAAACUCAAGAAAGGGAGCUUAGAAUUGAGGUUAGCAAAGAACUUUCAACAGAACCUUAAACACAUAAGUCAUCGUACUCAGACUCUCCCCGUUUCUUUCCAUUUUCACUGCAAUCUAGCGUAUUCGUUAAGACGAUGCCUUCUAAUUCUCUGCUUCCCAAGAGCCACAACAAACCAGUGCCAGGUAUGAUGCGGUUCCUCUGUGUUUUUAUUUGCCUUGGUGUACUACUUCUCCUGUGCUUGCUAUAUUUCACGGACAUGAUGAACAACUGCCCGCCUCUUGUUGGAGUUGUUUCUCCAAGUGAAGGCACUGGAUAUCAAUUUGGUAAUGGAAUCAAUAAAUUAAACAGUAAUAAUAAAUUCAACUCUUUGAUUAACUCAAAGAAAGGACCAGACAAUUCUCGUAACAAUGUCCAUCAGAGCCGUCGUCAAGCAAAAAGGUCGUUAAUUUCGCGUAGAUUGCAAGACUUCCGACACGAGUGGCUUCGUCAGCGCCGUGCACGGGUAGACUGGAAGAAUAUUAUUAAGCCUUGCACUGACAAUAUGGCCUGGGGAUUAGUGAAGGAGCAUUGGGGUAAAAGCAAUAGAAGCAACGCUACAACAAGUGACAUUAUAUUCAAAGAUAUCAGACCAGCGGGAGAGUUCAGCAGGAUUUUCAUCCAGUCAAAAACCUCAGACAAUCGAACGAAGUUGAUUGGUGGAGACACGUGGAGGGUUUACGUACGUGGUCCAACAAGCAUUGCGGCCACUGUUUUCGAUCACAAUAAUGGAACUUACGAAGCUCUAUUUCUCAUCACGGAGCCUGGUGUCUAUCAACUAAUGAUUUACCUUGAUUACAGUCUUUGUGAUGGUUUCAAAGACCCACCUCGUGAUUGGUUCAUCAUAGGCGGCGUUCAUGGGGCCAACCACAGAAAUGGAAUUCUAGGACCCUUAGACGAGUACUUGGUAAAGCAUGGACAUCGUGCCUUAAACAUAACUGUGAAUAAGGCUCAGCUAAAAGCCCCUCUUUCUGACAAACUUGAAGGACUUGCCUCCUGUUCUGAAACCUGCAAGUAUUUGUGGGAUGGAUUCGGUCAAUGGAAAACACGACGGUGGAUGCCAUAUCUUAAAGGUUGGGAAUGAGUUUUUGAGUCUUUCAAUUCUCACACAGGAGAUCUAGCGACGGUACAUCAGUCAAAACAAAUAAGGCGUUUGUAAAAGAAACGACGACGACGUCGCUAACGUCAGUUGAAAGUUUUAUUUCUUUAGUCACGAACUGUCAAGCCAUUCAGUUUAUCAGAAAUGCGUAUCAUUUGUCGCCUUAUUUCAAGUUAUCCUAAACUGCCGCAGAAUUUAAUAGGCCAUUUCGUUGUUUAUUCUACGAUUUCACAUUGUUAUGGGCUGUACUUUUGGUUUACUUUAACAUGUUUUCUCUUUUUAAUUUUAUAUAAAGCAGAGUCCUUCAAUUGGUCGAUGCCACAAAAGUACAAAAAAUCUGGAACGCUUUGGAUCUAUGGUGAUUCACUGAGUAUGCGGUUUUACAAAUCUGUCAUGACUCGUCCCUUAUGUAAAUCUCUAUAUAAAAAAUGCCGCAAUAGCUACAUGUGGAUCUACCCUGCUCACAACAAAGGCUUGAACAUUAAACUGGAAAGUGAUCUUGAUUUUAGACCUGAGAAAGUCAUCGAAAUCAUUGUCAACGUUCUUCGCAAGCCUGAAAUGCAGAAGGAAGAAAGCACCUUACUUUUAAACCUGGUCCUGCAUUUUUCAAAAACCGUCAAUUUUACCACUUAUCAGAGGCUCGUAGAUGACUUGAUGCUGGUUUUGAAGGAGAAGGAACUCUUACAUGGUAAAAUAGUUCUAAAGUAUAAGUCUAAAAUCAUUUGGAAGUCAUCCACCGCCAUCUGCAAGGAACAGGCCUCGUCCUCUGAGAGCACUGAUUUUCGAUUUUACACUUCCCAGGUUUGUACUCUCUGAUUUGCCAGCUUCUAAGGAUACAAGGGUAUAAAUAAGAUCAGUAAACGUUCUAAAAUUCGUUGUUGUACAAUGUUUAAUUGAAAACGCGUCUCCUCUUGCCGUUUAUUUUAUUAGCCGACAUCUGCUUCGAAGCUAAGGUGUCAUCUAAGCUAGAACAGCCUUUUAUCGGGGAAUUCUUGAUGGGCUUCUAAGUAGUUCGAGUAUAAAAUGUGAGAUAUUCCACAUUUGAUUGACUGUUUCAAAUUCUUAAAGAUGCUCCAGAUCUAGAAGUUGACAAGAUAUACUCUCAUGAAACCAUAAAGACAGGCAGAGUGUUCAAGACAAACGGUUAGAACCUAAACAAAAUAUUUGCGUUCUCUCAUUUCAGCGAGUUGUCCUCUUCAACGCCUACUCGGUGUCAGCCUUGUGCAAAGCAGGAUUUGACGUCAUAGACGUGUAUUCAUUGACCGAUUCGUAUCCACCUAGAUGCGUGGACCAUGUUCAUUACAAACCGAAAGCUUUUCACAUGGUGGAGACAAUGCUUGAGCAGUACAAAGUACACUAUAACAAGAAACUCCACGAAAAUGAAAAACAUGGUAAAAUAAAACGAUGUGUAAGUAAAGAAAACGUCUGACAGCAUAGGUAGAACAGUUGGAAGGCACGUUUUUAAACCGUCACCAGAUGGCUUCGGUGGAGCAAGGUUUUGAAAAAUUCGAACUUAGUGGGAGAUGAAUUUAAAGAUGUAGGAAAUAAUCAAGUAUGUUUAUUCUGUAUUAAGUCGUCAAUCGAAGAAAACUUUACCAAAGUACGUAAUAGUUUUCCAUUUUAUGUCAAUUUCCAUACGUCUCACUGAAGCCCGUAUCAACUUGCUACACCUCGUCCCUUUCCCCGUUUCGCCGCCUCUGUUUCUAAUCACAGCUUCAAAUGUCGUAGAAAGACUGCAGUUGUUCAUCGAGGUAAAGUACAAUAAUAAUAAAGUAUUCACGUUUGACUCACGAUGUGGUCGCUGGGUAUGUAGAUCGCGACGCUUUGACUGCAUACUGCUCAUCAUGCAAGCGAUGAUGACGACUGGCUAGGUAAGUCGUCAUCCAUAAACUACCAAGCUCCUCUGUGAUUGGUUACUUUUCAGUGGCUUUGAUUGGUGUAUUUCGAUCUUGGCCGCUGUUUCGGUUAGUUGUUUCCUCUGCAGUCUUCUGUCGUACGGCUCUCCUGUUGUUGUGUUUCUUGAUCAGGGCAUCCAUGGAAUUUCCAUUCCAUCAUCCCAGUGUUUAUAGGGUGAAAUCUGAUGUGAAUCGCCCCUGCGUGUGUAUUGAUAAGAAUCACGAUUAAUGAACUACACUUAAUUCCAAAGCAGGUAGCUCAUGAAAUCGACUUAAAAUUUUCCAACAUUACCAAGAUAUCCUUUCAAAAUCUCUGUCUGCAAACCAUCGUCAUGCAUUAAAGUGCCAUUGCUACUUUGGAUAUGACACAUGCUAGCCCAAGCCGACCGCACCAAGUACUUUCAAUACUUACACAGUGGAAGCGCACACCGGAGAACUUGCGUGGUGUUGUUCAAUAUAGCUAUUUGCGUACUCCCUAUAUAUUGGAGACUAACAACUAAAAAAAGUGAAAAGCUUAAAUAGAUUAAGGACUCUCGUAAACAGGAAAUCUUCGGUCUUUAAAGUGACAUAUUUUAUAUAUUUUAAUUUUGGUCUUUAUAAAAACCGUUACAGUGCUGAACAAUCUUUGUUUAUUUUAAAAAGCGUUUAACUAAUUUAGUUAUCCUUUUGGAGUUUUAAAUACAUCCAUCCAACGUCGAAAAAGGUCCUUUAAUACGCCAUACAAUUCUACUAAUUCCUCACUCUUUUCUUUCCCCAUGCAAGACUCGGCAAAGAAGGUAAUUUGUAAAACUUAAAACCAUCGAACAAGGCCUGUUGAUCUUGAAAAAUUAAAGUUGUUACCGUGGUUAUUCAAUAACAGGGCAAUAAUAAUGAUACGCUGCAGGUAUUCUGCUGUCCAGCUUAGCUUAUUAACAACGCAUUUCCACUCUGAAUUCUCCUUUCAAU